AUGGGCAGAAGGAAAGGGUACCAGAAGAUCACCGAGAUGUCCCAAGUGGACCAUAAAAGCAACAAAGGUGGCCUGAUGCAGGCAAACGGUUCAGGAUCAUUGCCAUUCUUCUUUAAAUCGUUGACAAACGGUAGCUCCAAUAGCGUUGAUAGACCGAGCAUAGACAGUAGAAGAAGUAGUCACAGAUGGGAUUCCGAAACUAGUAGCCCUAAACCAAUGAAGUUUCAGGAUGAUGAUGAAGAUUGGGACGACGAUAUAUUAAGUGACCUGACUAUAAAGGGAGAAAAGUUUCCUCCAUUCAGAGGAGAUGAUGAUACCACAAAAUAUUUAAAUUCGAUUGUGAAUCAGCCUGACAGUAUUUCAGUUAAAGAACCUACGGUUGAACUUCAAAAGUCCCCCUUGAAUAAGAGUAUCAGAAAGAAUUUCAAGAGUUUGAUCAAAGACCCUCUCUCUCUUUUAUCGGAUUUAGAUUUGGCAGAAGAGAAAAAGAUUUAUGGUGUCAAGUUUGAAAAGUUUUAUAGCAUUUUACAAGAUGAACAAACUAAUGAAGAGCAAGAACUUAAUAAGCUACAAAAUCUAUCAUGGAAUGGAAUACCAAAACGGUUGAGGAUGAUAAUAUGGCAAAUGUUACUAAGGUACAUGCCCAUUAACAACUCAAGAAGGGUUGCACAACUAGAGAGAAAGAGACAAGAGUACCAGCAGAGCCUGUCGGAGAUGUUUAAAGAUUCCAAAAAGGAUAAUAAUGUAUGGCAUCAAAUUUCUAUUGACAUUCCUAGGACUAAUGCCCACGUGAAAUUCUUCAGUAAUACCAAGAUCCAAGAUUCUAUGAGCAGAAUAUUGUAUAUUUGGGCCAUACGACAUCCUGCUAGUGGAUAUGUACAAGGGAUAAAUGAUCUAGUGACCCCAUUUUUUCAUGUUUUCUUUGAGAAUUACAUGGAGAACGAUUUCAACGUUCAAGAAGACGACAUUGAAGAACUGUCUCAAUCAACAGGUUUCGAGGAUAUACUUAAAGCUGUUGAAGCCGAUACUUUCUGGUGCCUGACAAAGCUACUAGAUACCAUUCAAGAUAACUAUAUUCACGAGCAGCCAGGAAUUCACAGACAAAUUAGUAAUUUAGUGAAAAUUUCUGAAAAAGUCGAUAACGCUCUGACUGAACACUUGGAAGAACAUGGUCUGCAAUUCAUUCAAUUUGCAUUUAGAUGGAUGAAUUGUCUUCUAAUGAGGGAAUUUCGACUCGAACUGGUUAUAAGAAUGUGGGAUACCUAUUUAAGUGAGUUUCCUCAAGGGUUUAAGGACUUUCAUGUUUUUGUCUGCUGUGCAUUUCUCAUGAAAUUCUCUGAAGAAUUGAAAGAGAUGGAGUUUCAGGAUUUGAUCAUGUUUCUCCAAGAUAAUUCAAAGACUAGUCACUGGAACGAUAAAGAUAUCGAACUGCUCCUAAGCGAAGCAUUCAUAUGGCAAAGCCUCUACAAGAAUCAACUAACUUAUACGUAA